AUGAGGCUAUGGCUAAGAGGACUGGUCCUCCAGGCUCUGAGAAAUGCCUGGGGUAUCUGUGCGUCUCAUGGGCAGCUGCCGCCUCUAUCUGUCCCUCAGAAGAUUGUGGCCACCUGGGAAGUCAUCAGCCUGGGCAGGCAGCCAGUGCCUGAGUACUUCAACUUUGCCCAUGACGUGCUGGACGUGUGGAGUCAGCUGGAGAGGGCUGGGCACCGGCCCCCAAUCCCUGCCUUCUGGUGGGUCAGUGGCAUGGGAGCAGAGGUCAAGGGGAGCCUUGAGGAGUUGGGGGAGCAGUCCAGGAAGGCAGCUAACGUGCUGGGGGGCAGGUGUGGCCUGCAGCCUGGAGACAGAAUCAUGCUGGUGCUCUCUCAGCUCCCGGAGUGGUGGCUGGUCAGUGUGGCUUGUAUGCGGACAGGAACCGUCAUGAUUCCCGGCAUCUCUCAGCUGACAGAGAAGGACCUCAAAUUCUGGCUGCAGACAUCCAGGGCCAAGUCCAUUAUUACCAGCGACUCCCUGGCUCCACGGAUGGACGCCAUUAGCGCCAGUGGCCCCUCCCUCCAAACCAAGCUGCUUGUGUCGGACAGCAGUGAGUCAUUUAACCAUUUUGAGCCUCAAUUUCCUUAUCUGCAAAGGGUUAUAAGGGAGGCAUCUACAGAGCACAACUGUGCGAGGACCAGGAGUCAAGACCCACCGGCCAUCUACUUCAUAAGUGGCACGACUGGGGCCCCCAAGAUGGUCAAGCACGGCCAGGCCAACUAUGGACUGAGUUUUGUGGCUAGUGGAAGCCCUGGGGCAGAGAAUUUAGGCUUUGUAGGUAUAAUGACUCUGUCUUUCUGUGGUCACCAGGGCGAUCUUGAGAACACAGAAGCCAACAUCAUUAAAGGGGAUUUUUGGCUGCUGGGAGACUGGGGAAUCAAGGAUCAAGAUGGAUAUUUCCAAUUCAUGGGACGGGCAGAUGAUAUCGUUAACUCCAAUGGGUACCGGAUUGGGCCCUCAGAAGUGGAGAAUGCACUGAUGGAGCACCCUGUGGUUGAGACAGCUGUAGUAAGAAGCCCGGAGCCCAUCUGAGGAGAGGUAGUCAAGGCAUUUGUGGCCCUGGCUCCACAGUUUCUGUCCCAUGACCCGGACGAGCUCACCAAGGAGCUGCAGCAGCAUGUGAAGUCAGUGACAGCCCCAUACAAGUACCCAAGGAAGAUGGAGUUUGUCUUGGAUCUGCCCAAGAUUAUCACGGGGAAAAUCCAGCAGGCAAAGCUUCGAGUCAAGGAGCGGAAGAGGUCUAGGCAGAUUGGGGCCCAGUGA